CACACAUAUAGUUCAGAGUUCACACCAAUAAAUUCAUAUGAUUCGAAUUCCUUCUGACACAUGCUAGUGGGGGAAUUUUAGUGCAUCUAAAUGUCUUUUUUAAAUGAAAAAAUUAUUCGUAACUUGUAAUUCCAAGUAUUGAGACAUUUCGGAUCUUCCCAAUUUAUUACUCCAUCUCUUUUACCAACUACUACAUCCCCAACCAAUUGAGAUUUCUCGCCUGUGAACUACCACGCCGAAUUUGCAUUGACUUCUCUUCGUCUCCGUCGCUGUUUUUAUAAGAAUCCAUGGGUACUUCAGACGUUAAUGCCAACUCCUCCUCCUCUUCCCUCGUCAAAGAAUUCCUCCACAAAUGCGGUGGCGUUGCCGUGAUUGACGGCGGCUUUGCGACGGAGCUGGAACGUCAUGGAGCGGACCUUAAUGACCCUCUUUGGAGCGCUAAAUGUCUCCUCACUGACCCUCACCUUGUCCGCGCUGUACACUUGGAUUACCUUGAAGCUGGUGCAGAUAUAAUACUCAGUUCAUCUUAUCAGGCAACCAUCCAGGGGUUUAAGGCCAAAGGAUAUUCUAUAGAAGAAAGUGAAUCCUUGCUCAAAAGAAGUGUCGAGAUUGCAUGUGAAGCACGUGAUGUCUACCAUAAUAGAUGCCGUGAGUCUUCAGCUGAUCAUAGCACUGAUGGAAAGGUUCUCAAACAACGUCCUAUCUUAGUUGCAGCAUCUGUUGGGAGUUAUGGGGCCUAUUUAGCUGAUGGUUCCGAAUACAGUGGGGAAUAUGGGGAUGCGGUUGAUCUCAACUUUCUAAAGGAUUUUCAUCGUAGAAGGGUUCAGCUUCUUGCAGACUCUGGUGCUGAUCUAAUAGCUUUUGAGACCGUGCCAAAUAAACUGGAAGCUCAGGCUUUUGUUGAGCUUCUUAAGGAAGAAGACAUAAAGACUCCUGCCUGGUUAUCCUUCAACUCCAAAGACGGUGUAAAUGUGGUCAGUGGUGAUUCCUUGUCAGAAUGUGCUGCAAUUGGCGAAUCAUGUGAAAAAGUUUUAGCUGUUGGAAUCAACUGUACCCCUCCUAGAUUUAUUCUGGAUCUUAUUCUAUCCAUCAAGCAGGUAACAACAAAACCAAUCCUUAUAUAUCCCAACAGUGGUGAGAGUUACGAUGGCAUUCGGAAGGAGUGGGUGAGUAAUACCGGGGUGACAGAUGAAGAUUUUGUUCCUUAUGUUAAUAAAUGGUGUGAGGCAGGAGCAUCCCUGGUAGGAGGUUGCUGCAGAACUACUCCAAAUACCAUCAGAGCAAUUCACAAAUCACUCUCCGGAAAACGUACUGUCUAAUCUGGAGAACAAAAUAGGGGCAUCUAACUUAAAAACGAGACAAGAUUUUGUGCCUGGGUCGAAAGGAUUGUUUCCGUCUCUUGUAAACCUGGAUGGCCUACGUUUCAGAAGAGGUUUCUGCUUGACUGGAGUUCAGGGCAAGAGAGGAUCUACUGAUCAACCUAGGCUGUUUAUUGGUGGUGUAUCAUAUUUUUGGUACGUGGAGAUGUACGAAAAAUCUAUGAAAUUUUUGGUUUUUGAGAACUUUUUAGUAUUACGCCACAUUGUAGUUUGUGGGUUCUCUAUUUUACCACCAACCACGGAACCAUAGCUAUUUAAGUAUUUGCUGUUGUGUUUAGAACUUCAAUUUUCCAAAUUGGAAGUUCUGAGAUUUGAACCUUAA